AUGCCGCCGGCGACCCAAAAUGGCUCCUCCGCCUCCUCCUCCGGCCGACUCCAGCUCUCCAACAAGUUCCCCUCGACCAGAUCCUUCGCCGACUCGCCCGAGCUUGCCGCCGUCCGGGUCAGCCUCGACCUCGUUUCCGCCGCCCGGCGGAACAUUGGGUUCCUGAGGAAUGUCAGUGAGUCGCUCUGGCUUCACGAGCCCGGUUGUCUCGCUGAAGCCGUAAGAAGGUACGAUGAGCUAUGGAUGCCGUUGGUUUCUGAUUUGAUGAUCAACAAUGUGGGGUCAACGGUUCCGAUGAUUCUUCCUCCUUUUGAUGUCGAGUGGGUCUGGUUCUGCCACUGUUUGAAUCCAGAAAACUACCGGCAAUACUGCGAGCAACGAUUCUCCAAGCUAAUCGGGAAGCCAACGAUCCUCAACUCAGAAAACGAAGAGUACGCCGUAACGAGAUGCAAGAAGCUCUGGCUUCAAAAAUACCCAAACGAGCCAUUCGAGAACGAGUCAACCACCGAGUCACAAGACUCGGCUGUGGUUACAAAUCAUCAAGAUCUGUUGAUGAAGGAGGUAGAGAAGAACAGGGAAAUCUACACGAAGUUCUCGUGGCCGUACAUGUCGGAAAUCGUCUACUUGAUUGCGGCCAAACAGAGGUACAAAGGAUUCCUGUUCCUGUUGCAGAGCGGUUUCAUGGACGGCUGUCGUUCCAAGUUUGUUCCUUGCUUGGAUAUCUUGCUUAUGUGGAUCACACACCAGAGUUACCCAACAGUAUAUGCAGAAGACUUGAAAGAGAUGGAAAGAACUCAUAGUAUGGUCAAAGUAGCUGGAUUGUGGGACAAAGUGGAAGACAAAGAUGUGGAAGAGACCAAAAACCUGUGGGACAAGGUUUUUGACCAACCUUAUGAGAAGGCUGGUGGAGCCAUAAAUGGGUUAGUGAAGCAGCCACCAGUUUAUUGGGAAGUCUCAGAUUUUGAUGUCAACACCAAGUACAAGUCCCUCAUGCCAAGGUUCCUCCUUGAGGCCUGUGUUUUUGUGAGGCUCAGCUCCAGCUCAUCUCACCUUAACAAAACAAAAGACGCCACGACAAGCCACAACUUCCUACGCAUGAUGAUGAUGAGGUGCCACAAGGAGCUGAAAAUAGAUGCUUCACGAUCCAGUUUCCCCCACGAUUCGUGGAGGCAAUUGGGGCCCUCAUUGUACUGCGAGUUUGCCACUAAAGGUCUCGUCCUCGAGCUCCGUAGAAGAGGAGGAAUGUAUUUCAAGACGAGUAAAGCUGUCGAUACAGUCACAUUUCCAUGGAACGAUAUGCUAAGGGCUCCAUCACUUACUUUGGAGAGGUAUAUGGGCAAUGAACUCAGGGUUGUGGCCUCAAUGACGCCACCAGUCCAAGCUCCAUACCUCUUAAAAUGUGUUCCCGAUCGAGUUACCGAUGACUCCGGAGCAAUGAUCUCGGAUGUGAUCCUCAGGAUGAACAAUUACAAGCCUCAAGAAGGCAGGUGGCUCUCCAGGACCGUUCUUGAUCAUGCCGGGAGGGAAUGCUUCGUUGUGAGAAUGAGAGUGGGAGGAGGGUUUUGGAGGCGAGGAGGGGAGACACCUUCCAACGUGAAAUGGGAAGACAGGAUCAUUGAAGUACGUGAAGGCCCUUGGUCUUAUGUUGCUGGUUCCAUCGGUAGAGCACCUGAGAAAUUAGUUGCAACAGCGACACCCAAGGAACCUCCAGAGGGUUGGGAAUCCGGUUGGCAUUUCUCAACGGGGGAUGAGCUUCUCAUCGCCUCCGGGUUGUCAUCUUCAUCGUCAUCAAUCGGUGGCAUUCGGUUUCGCUUCUCGAAUCAAUCAUCUCCUGGCUCAUCGCCAUCAUCAUCAUCAUCAUCGGUGAGACUGCUGAUAGGCAGGCAAAUGCAAUACCGGGCGAGCACCAGCCAAGACGAAGAAGAAGCCCUCGAAUCGGGUUUCCUCACAUUGGUUCGGUACUCGGAGGACGACCCAACGGGGAGAGCUACGGCUCUACUCAACUGGAAGCUCAUGAUCGUGGAGUCGUUGCCCGAAGAAGAUGCAGUUUUGGUCCUCUUGCUCUGCAUAUCCAUCUUGAGGAGUGUGUCUGAGAUCAGGAAGGAAGACGUUGGGAAGUUGUUGAUCAGAAGGAGAGUGAAAGAAGCCAAAGUGGGUACUCGAGACUGGGGUUCGGUCAUGGUUGAUGGUCGUGAUGGUUCGGUCGGUUCGGUUCACCUCCAGCCGUGGUAUUGGAGUGACAAUGCCAAAGCUGUUGUUGAAGGUGGUGAGGAGAGUAGUAGUAGCAGUGUUGGAAGGCAGCCGGUUCUGAGUUACUCGCUGGAGGAAGGUGGGGAUAAGUUGUAUAAGAGAGGGAUCAUAAGCUAA